UGGGGCCACGUGUUUCGUGGUCGACCAGGUAUGGGCUCGGUUAAACUCAAGGGGAGAAACAAGAGGAAAGUACUCGUAUCGUAUGGUGAGAAGCACGUCAACACCCAAAGACCUUGGCAAGAGAGAAACAUCAACCACAGUAUAAUUGAUUGUCAAGUUUGAAUGGCGAUACCCCUGGUCGGAUCCCACUUUCGUCCUGGACGAAUUCGGACAGUUAUAUUUGUCUCGCACGAUGCUUUUCCAAAUCGCCGACUCUCACCUGAUUUCCAUUAUUCCAUCUCUUGUCGUCUCAAGUCGCUCGAUCUCUUCAUUCAGUAUCCGGCCCUCGCUCGUUUUCAGCUCAUCCUUGGGGUUUGUUAUGUUAAUACGGGUUUGCUCGAGCACAUGAAAACAGUAGUUAUAUCUUAGGUUAGGUAGGUGCCUUAAGGUACCCAGUCAAAAGGAUAUGAUAGGUAGCC